GAACUGUUAUGCUACUCUGUCCUUUCUGCAUAAUCGACCCAUUCCGGCGUCUCGUCACUGAAAUUCGGAGGCCAUGGCAGUUCGUCCGUAAAUAAUGACUUUUUAGGCUCAGGCCACGGUCUUGAUCUAUCCUGCUCUUUCCGCAGAUGAACUUCAGAGAUCAAGCAUUGCACCUUUAGCGUGCUGUCCACGUCUGUUUGACCAUUUCGUGCCCUUUAUUUCGGCCUUUUUUUUUCUCCUUCAGUCAGGAGACUCUUUACCUACGUACAUUAAGCGAUUAUCCAUCUCCAGUAGUUCGGAUUGUCAAAAUAGUCUCGACAACAUGAGCACUUCCGGUUUUCAGGCCGCCGCGCCAGGGAGCUGGCAGUGGCCUGAUGACAUACCGCAGCCUCGUAGCCGCACCGCAGCCUCGGAGGAAGCGCACGAAGUGAAGUCUGUUCCACAGGAGACGACACAUGGGGACAGCGCAUCCACAAGCGCUGGUGCGCGCAACGAGAGUGAGAACGCGCAGCGACGACAGCGACACUGGAGGCCACGGACGUGUCGUAUAUGUCUGGAAACUGUGCAGCCCACUUUCACGCAGCCGUCAGAGGAAGGGUAUUUCCAGUCAGGUCCAAAAGUCGUCUACGAGUCCGAGGAUGGCGGGCGAUUGCUUCGGCCCUGCAAGUGCAAAGGCACCUCGAAGUAUGUGCACGAAGGCUGCUUGCAGGCCUGGAGACACGCGGAUCCUUCGUACGGGAAGCGCAACUUCUUCCAAUGCCCGACGUGUGGCUACAAGUAUCGACUGCAGAGACUAGGCUGGGGUCGAUUCGUCACAAGUGUCGCCACGCAAAUCGUCUUGACCGUUGUGAUCAUGCUCACGGUCGUCUUCAUCCUCGGCUUCAUUGCCGACCCGAUCAUCAACUUUGCCCUGGACCCAUACGGAACCAUUUUUCCAAGCUUCUUCCCGGGCUUCUCCUUCCAGAUUUUCUCAUUCGGAGACCCUGGUUUGUUCUACGACGUUCCAACUCACCCGGUGAUACCGCCCAGUGCUCCACCGGAGCCAACGGGAUGGAUCGAGCAUUUCAUCAAGGGAUUUGCGGGGCUUGGACUCAUGAGCUUCCUCAAAUUCAUGCUUUCAAGCCCCAUCAACUUCUUCUUUCGUCAAGGGGGGGUGGGCGGCAGACAAACCGGGAGAGACAGGCUGAACACGAUAACCUGGGUAAUGAUCCUUGUGGGCGUUGCCACGUUCCUAUAUGCAGUUUGGAAGGGGGUGAGAAACCUGAGUCGUCGUACGCUCGAAAAGGCAGGUGAACGAGUGCUGGACGUCCAAGGUGAUGAUGACGACGAAGACGACGAAGACCAUUAGGGACAGGACACGUGCGUAUUUUCGAUGAGCCAAAUCGCGACGCGUGUAUUGUACCGCUUUUGUAAAUUUGUCGUAGUGCAAUGAGACACCGCUUCGCAGUCUAUCUCCUGUUUUCCAACAUCGUCAGCAACAAGCAGCCACUAGCAUCUUCAGGGCAUCUUCAGGCUUUGAAAACCCCUCGCCGCCAUGCAUCAUCAAUCCCUAAGCGAUCAGGUCGGACGGCGACCGUGAAAGCGAUAGGUUU